AUGUCUAGGCCCUACAGUCAACUCCAACGCCAAGUGCUUAAGCUGUAUAAGGAUUACAUGGUUGCACUGCGUCCUGGAAGUUCUGCCAAAAUCGAAGAGUCUGCAAAACCACAAAUUCGACAGUCAGUAAGGGACGAGUUCCGCAAGAACGCGAUUAACCUCAAAAAGACACAUUUCGUGAAAAUCGAAACACUUGUCAGGCAGGGUCGGCGCCGAUUGGAUGACCUUGAAGCAGGCCGAAUCUCCAGUAUAAUUAAGAGUAUUAUUCACAAUCUCUUUCCUAAAAACUGUGGUCUUAUAUCAGCCUUCGGCUACGGCUCUGUCGUCGUUCCCCAACACGGUCGUAGCACCAACAACUCUCAAUUAGAUUUAAUUCUUAUAGUUGAUGACCCCUGUAAAUGGCACGUAGAAAAUCUGCGACUAAAUCCAAAGCAUUACAGUGGUCUUGCGUCCCUUUUUAAUGGCGUCUUACUUAAGCAAGUCGUUACAAAGUGGCCCCAUCCUGCCGUAUUCUUCAAUCCACUCGUUACUUGGCACGACAUUACCAACGAAUUUACUCCCAAGGUAAUCAAAUAUGGGGUUGUAGGCUAUGAACAAGUUAUGCGUGACUUGAAUACCUGGACCGAUUUGUACAUUGCUGGUCGCCUCCACAAACCCGUGGUUUUUGUGCCUGGAUAUGAACCCCCACCCAAAUUAAGGUCCUCUUGUGUUUUCAACCUUCGUUCUGCUCUGGCGUUUUCUCUCCUCCAACUGGAUCUACCCCUUUUAAAAGAAGAUGCACUAUACCACUGCCUUGCGUCCAUCUCAUAUAGAGGUGAUUGGCGUCUUUACUUCGGGGAAGACAGACAAAAGAUCAAACGUCUUGUUACCGGUGAGCCACGACGACGUAGUUUCCGUGACCUCUACAUCCCACUUCUCAUUUCCGAGCCUUUUAAGUCAAUGCUUACUGUUGAUAUUCCCGCUGACCUAAAUACGGACUUGCGCAUUUACCCGUUAGAAAAGGACCUGUCUGCCACUCAGCUUCUCGAGUGUAUACCGAGCGAUCUCUGUCAGCUAGCCGCAGGUUCAAGGUCAGCAGCUGCUCAAUGUCUCUUGGCCAAAAUGCCGAAAAAUGAGAGGCGACUGCGUCUUCAAAAUGCAGCAGCUUCAAUCGUCCGUUGGGCCAGUUAUCGCCAGACUGUCCUGGGUCUGUUCUCAGCCGGUCUUUCUCGCUCUUUUGUGUAUUCCUAUGCAAAGUUCCGGAAAAUGCUUGCAAGUCUAAAUAGCCGAUGA